ACAGUUUGGGAUACGUUGUUGUUUGAAUAAUCCAAACGGACAGUGUGUAGCUGCGAAGUGGGGGCUUGGAGGGUUUUUCCGGGUGUCCUGAUCGUCCAAAAAUUUUUUUUUAACCAAUCCCUCGGAUUUUUCCUCGCCACCGUGAUGUACAUUCGUUGAAAAUAAUUCGCUGAUAGUCUCUGAGCUUUCACGUGCCUAGAGGACUGAUUAGUCAGGUUGGAGAGGACAUUUCGAGAAACCCAGCAACGACGAGGAAUUUUUUUGGGGGGCACAGGAGACGUGAGGAAGCCGAGAUAACGAUUUUUUUUGGAGAUAGUUAUGGCCACGAUCAGGGUGCACGAGGAUCAGGAGAAUCGUAUCAACGAUGCCAGGAGAGGAAAGGAGAAUGGUGGACUCAGGGAGCAUCAGGGUGGCCUAGGACAGCAAAAACGUGCGGUUCUCGGCGUCCUGCAUAACAACUGCCACAGGGCCAAGCCAGAAAUCAACAACAAAGAGGAUAAAUUCUCAAAAUCGAAAACCACAUUCAUUCCACCCCCUUACGACGGCUUCAAAGUAUACGAUGGCAAGAAAGACGAGGGUGCCUUCAAGAUCUACGAGGAUAAACUCGAGGAAGAAACUCAGGUUGUACUCCGAGAAACUCGAAAUACACGUGAAAUUCAAGUUAAAAAAGCGACAGAGGUGGCGAUUAACUCGACACGUGCGAAAAAUGUCGAGUUGACGUCGGUGAGCAUUGUGCCACCAUUCAGACCGGUCCUCGGGGAGAUUGGGAAUGAGAAAAAGGAAAAGGAAAAGGAUAUACCAUUAUUCAACCGAGCCAGUCCUCUGUCUCUCGAGAAGUCCAUUUGCCUGACAGAUUCCGGGAAAAAGGGACUGAGGGCCAAGAGAGAGGCAACUAAGGUCUCCAAGAGUAAUUUUUAUGAUGUGGAUGAGUACAGGGCGGACAUUUACAAUUACCUGAGGGUUGCCGAGACUCAACACAGGCCAAAACCCGGCUACAUGAAGAAGCAGCCAGACAUCACCUACUCGAUGCGAGCGAUUCUCGUCGAUUGGUUGGUAGAAGUAGCUGAAGAAUAUCGAUUACACUCUGAAACCCUCUACCUAGCAGUCUCCUACAUAGACAGAUUUUUAUCCUACAUGAGUGUGGUGAGAGCAAAGCUCCAGUUGGUAGGUACAGCAGCGAUGUUCAUAGCAGCUAAAUACGAGGAAAUAUACCCCCCAGACGUCGGUGAAUUCGUCUACAUAACUGACGACACAUACACGAAAAAGCAGGUGUUGAGGAUGGAACACCUGAUCCUCAGGGUUUUGUCCUUCGACCUGACAGUUCCAACGCCACUGGCUUUCCUCAGGGAUUAUUGCAUCAGUAAUAAUCUGAGCGAUAAGAUUCAGUUCUUGGCAAUGUACUUGUGUGAAUUAUCAAUGCUGGAGGCAGAUCCUUAUCUCCAGUACUUACCGAGUCACUUGGCAGCAUCUGCCAUAGCUGUUGCACGUCACACACUCCAGGAGGAGACGUGGCCCCACGAGCUCGAAUUGUCCACUGGCUACACCUUUCACGAUCUCAAGGGAUGCAUUGGACAUCUGAGCAAAACAUUUGCAAUAGCUGCCAAUAUUCCACAACAGGCUAUUCAAGAAAAGUACAAAACUAGCAAAUAUGGACACGUGGCUCUACUCCUUCCUCGCAGUACAGAUGUACUUGCCUGUGAGGAUGACUGUGAGAGCGCCUGAAUCAUCAUCAUCAUUUCAUGGAAGUGGUGAUUUAAAAAUUGGGUCAUUAACGAACCUCCCUGUCAGCAUGGAUUCAUCCUCAGGAGGGGAUUGUGGGGCAAGACUGAUGAGCAACUGUUCGAGGGAGAAAGCCUAGAGAACACAAAUUCUUAUUGGGAAAGUUGUGUGGAAACAUUUUUGAAAAUAGUCAUGAGUGAUUCGAGUCAUCACAUAUCACUUACUGAUUUUUCUCGAAAUUUUGGUAGAAUUUCUUUUUUUUCUAUUGAAAUUUUUGCACUUUUGGAGUAAACCAAAAAAUAUUAUAGGGGAAGUUCGGAGUUUUCGUUUGGCACGAAAUUGAGAAGAAUGGAACACAAGUUGCCUAGAAUUUGUUAGUAUUUUUUAUAAUAGUUAUAAAUAAUCAUUUUUUAAUGCAAUGGUAUGAGAGAUGAGUGAUGUUUUUUAGGGGCGAAAAGUACUCGAUUUUUGCAUGAAUGAGGAGAAUACGAAAGUGGAAGAUUCAGAAUUAGUUGCUUUUCAUCAUUGCGAGAGAAAAAUGAGAAAAUCGAAAAAAAUGAAACACUUGCCAGUGAUUGAGAUGAAAUUCUUCACAUCUGAAUUUUAUUGGAUAGCAUUUUCUUUUAUAAUUUAUUGCAGGAAAUACCGGAAGAUUUUUUCUUACGUUUUAAGCGACACACACAUAUAAAUGUGAUAGAUAAAAUUUUUUAGAUCAGUAAGGGGAAAGAUUUUAGUCGGUCUGAUUUUUUUUUAUCAUUGCGAUACCGCAUUUCCCAAGAUUCUAUUUAUUCACUAUUCAUUUGAAAAAUGUAUCAAACUCUAUUAGCAACUUGAUUGAUAAAUAACGCUGGCACCGUUGCAUGAUGACUCGUUUUCAUAAGAUUAAUUUGUCACAUUUUUGGGAAAUGUAGGAAAAUGAAUAAAAUCAAUAAUCAAUCAUUAGGAGAUUAUUUUUGUAAGCGAAGAAAUUAAAUUUGGGUUAUUCAAAAUGUACUCUGAAUGCUCUAUAAAUAUGUGAGUGAUUGGAUGUUCUGUGAAUCCAAUGAAAAAAAUGAAAAAUUUGAAAAUUUGUGAAUAAACGAAUGUACGGCAAUUACCUCGUA